AGAACCCGGGACCAUAGCACGGAAACGGCCCGGGGCUGAGCAGCAGUCAGAUCCCGGGAUGGAGGGAGCCGGAGAAGAGGAGUGAGGAGGCCGGGGAGGCAGGCCCUGCUGCCCUCCUGGAGGCUGGCAGCCUGCGGUGGCAGUGGAGGACCAGGCCGCCCACAGAGGGAAGGGGUCAGGAGGUCGGGCCUCGGCCUUAGCAGGCUCAGACCAGGCCCCAGAAGGGAGCAGCAGAAGUUCAGGGCCCAGGCCUGGCUCGGGUUGUCCAAAGGGGACCUCAGGCAGGCCUCCCAGAGCCUCUGGCGGGGACACUGAGCCGGAGACAGGCCUGAGGGCCCGGCCCAGACGCCUGUGAGCCAAGUUAGGCAGAGCCAGCUAAGGCCCUAGGGGGUGUCAGAGACUAAUGUGGUAGGGGGCUUCAGGGCCUCCCAGCCCGGAGCCGGAUUGGCGAGUUAGACGCUUGUAGAUCCAAGGUUGGAUUGGGGAGGGGUCUCUGGGAAGUUGGCUAGCAACGCAAGGAUUGGGGGGAUUUAAGUGCUUAGAGAUCGAAGACAGGUCUUGGGUAGGGGGAGUCAGACAAUCGGAAAGCCUAGGUGGUUAUUUGGGGAGGGGUCUUUGCUUUUAGACGAAGCGCAGAGCAGCGCCUGCUCGGCUGAAGGCCCGAGGCCUUGUCAAGAGAAGCUCCUGUGAAGGGUGGGCUAGACUAGGCCAGGCCAAGAGAAAGAAAGUGAAUAAACCUGGCCUCGAAGUGGGCGGGGGGCCCCUGAGCGGGGGGUCACAAAGGGUGAGACAUGGCCACCAGGCGUUUAACGGACGCUUUCUUGUUGUUGCGGAAUAAUUCCAUCCAAAACCGGCAGCUGUUAGCCGAGCAAGAGCUGGAUGAGGAUUAUGCAUGCAGCUCCCUUGAUUCCUGAGACUGUGCAGUGAGGUUGCUCAGAGGUGUAGAAGGACGUGAUGUCUGGCAAAAGCCCUAAGGAAGCAGGACCCGGAGCCACCAGACCUGUUGAGAUGUCUGCUGAGGUGUCACUGGCCCCAAGCGAGUGACCCUCCGGUUGUGCUGACUGACUAAUCGUUACGUGGCCCCCUUCCUAGCAGCACGAUUUUGGCCUUUUCGUCACUUAUUAGCAAUUCUCCCAGAAGAUGGAGAGGAUUUCUGAAAAGAGACAGAAGAAACUAUUAACAGUGGAUACCUUCCAGGAGAAGUCUGGGAUGGAAGGGAAACUGCCUUUCUGUUGCAAACCCUUUCCCUUGCGGAUGAUCGCAUGGCUCUGGUGUCAGGCAUUAGCUUAGACCCAGAAGCAGCAGUUGGCGUGACAAAGCGGUUACCUCCUAAAUGGGUGGAUGGAGUGGACGAAAUACAGUACGAUGUUGGCCGGAUUAAACAGAAGAUGAAGGAGUUAGCCAGCCUUCAUGACCAGCACUUAAACAGACCCACCCUGGAUGACAGCAGCGAGCAGGAACACGCCAUUGAGAUCACCACCCAAGAGGUCACGCAGCUCUUCCACAGGUGCCAGCGUGCAGUGCAGGCACUGCCCAGCCGGGCCCGCAGGGCCUGCUCGGAGCAGGAGGAGCGGCUCCUUCGCAACGUGGUGGCCUCCCUGGCGCAGGCUCUGCAGGAGCUGUCCACCAGCUUCCGGCGCGCGCAGUCGGGCUACCUCAAGCGCCUGAAGAAUCGAGAGGAAAGAUCCCAGCAUUUUUUUGAUACAUCAGUACCACUGAUGGACGAUGGAGACGAUAAUACUCUUUAUGAUCGGGGUUUUACAGAUGACCAGGUGGUGCAGGUGGGGCAGAGCACACUGAUGGUGGAAGAGCGGGAGCGGGAGAUUGGCCGGAUCGUGCAGUCUAUUUCUGACCUAAACGAGAUAUUUAGGGACCUCGGGGCGAUGAUUGUAGAGCAGGGUACCGUCCUUGAUAGAAUCGACUAUAAUGUUGAACAGUCCUGUAUCAAAACUGAAGAUGGCUUGAAACAGCUUCACAAGGCGGAGCAGUAUCAGAAGAAGAAUCGGAAGAUGCUUGUGAUUCUCAUCUUGUUUGUCAUCAUCAUUGUCCUCAUUGUGGUCCUCGUCGGCGUGAAGUCGCACUGAGCAGCGCUGGGCCGGGGCGUGAGGCCCGCGUGGACCCGGGUGCGCGGGCCCGGCGCCCGUGGGUUCCUGCCGAGGUGCGGCCCCGGGCCAGUCGGGGCGGCGAGCGUUUCCGUGGACGCCUCCGCGCCGUCGUGCUCGCGCAAGGGGAAGGGGCUUCUGCUUUUCCUUCACUGUCAACACUUGAAGGACCUUGGAUACUGCUGCAGAUUAGAGAUGAGUUCUCUCUUCAGUUAUAAUAUAUUUUUUUUUAGAAAGAGAAAACGAGUUGAAGGUUUACAGGCCUCCUCAAGCUGUUCGAUAUAUUAUAUCUGUAUAUGCUAUUUUUUUUAGCAGUCAUGUCUGAGCAGCAUGUUAAAAUAAUUUUUGGAAAAAUUUUUUUUAAACCAUCUGGUUUUUAAGAAAUUUGGUACCAAAAGUUUAUGAGUAAAGGCAAAAAUGCCUCUUCAUUUUUCUCUAUAUAUUUUCCAGUUGAAAACAAACCGAGAAGUCCUUUAAGAAUUUGUAAUCCAUUCCCCAUUAACUUAAUUUAGCUUUUCCAUCACUGUUAAUGAUCAGAGUAACAAAGUGUGAAAGAUAAGAAACCAUCAUUGAUGUUAAUUAACACAUUUAGAUGGGCCAGUUAAAAACAGCUUUAUAAGUUUAAAUUAAUUGUAAAUGGAGUAUUCCUCAUCUAAAAUUUGUGCACUGCAUGUUCUCCCGUAACCAAAAGGGGUUACUAAGCAAAACCACCUAAAUGUAAAAGUUGGUGAUUUGAAAUAACCUCACAUUGAGAGGAAGCUUCGUAGUGUUGUGAAAGUCACCAGAAGCAGCCGGUGUGUCCCUGUGCUCGUCCCCAGCCAUCCUUGCUCAAUCCAUUGCUUAUGUACUCACUACUUAAUGACCUGUUCAAACCAGACACCAUUUAAUGAACUGUGAAUUUACACGGAGGCCAUUCUAAAUGGGUCACCCCAUAUAGGAUUAGUGGGUCUCAAAUUAUUAACCAAACAUCACUCCAUUUCAAAGUAAAAUAUUCCACCAGUGGUUUGAUUUAUUGGUCCUUCAUUUGCCACUUACCAUGCCCAGAAAGUAGGCAUAUUCUUGCAAUUUGUGAAAAUCUUGGCUAGAGAAGCCCCUCGUUUGUGUGAGCGUGAAUCAGAUCGCCAAAGUAGGACUUUGUUGUUUACUUACCUGUUAUCAAUAUGGUGCUUGAAUAUAUUCCUGGACCUGUGGAAUAAUGUGGAAAGUGAUAACUUUGGCAACUGAAGUUGUUCAUGUUUUAAUUGGUCUUGAGACACCAGUAUUGUUUUAAUGGUCUUUGCAUCAUUUUCAAUGGCUUUCCAUUAUUUUUACCUUUCUUAAAAUGUUUUAAAAGAGCAUGAUCUCAUUAAAUGUGCUGCCAUUUAUUUGGACCAGUCACAUAGAAUGUUUCUCUAGAACUGACUUGGAAGUUAUUUCCAGAAAUUUAAACUCAAGUCCCGAGAUUCAAGUUGUCCAAACAGAUCAUGGGCUUAAAACCCAGACCCCUGCCCCAGCCUUCCCUUCCCUAGUGGUUUACGACGCCAGGCAGUCACUGGUUUUCUUAUUACUGAUGUGGCCGUAGGAGGAUCUAAAGGUGCCCCUGGCAUUUCAGGAAAUAGCACGGCAUUCCCUGACAGUUAUUUAUUGGGAAAGAAGGUCAGGGGAUAAGAGUCCAGCCCCUCCUCGAUCGCCCCUGAAACGGGGGGCUUCUGCGGUCCUCGAGAGUAGCUGUGGGCGUCUUUCGUCUCAGCGGUUCUGACCUCAUGGAGGCAAGCUGCUCCCUUGGGCCAGCUGCUCCCAGCAGUGGGGCUGCCGAGAUGAGGGGCCUCCCUCCCAGGCAGUCUGCGAUGGUGAUACGGGUUACUGCUGAAGCUUUUCAAGUGCUGCGUCUUACUGACCUUUGAGGGAAAGUGACCCAUUGAGAAAGGAUCACUGUUCAUUUGUAUUUAUUUUCAGUGAAUAGGGUGACUAGAGUUGAGUUUUUUACCCAACUCAUUGGGUAAAACAAUGAAUCUGACUAGGAAUGGCUUGAAGGAUCCUGUGUGGGGUCCGGGCAGCUGCCCCCCGCUGACUGGAUCCAGUGCAGCGCCAGCUAAAGCCCAGCCGUCCGCUGCCACCACUGUGUCCCAAGGCGGGGAAGUGGCCCCGAGCCCAUGCACCGCAAAACACUGUACUGUUCUGUUGAGCCUUCACUUGCGGAAAGAUCCGCAGCAUUGCGGGAGCAGGGGCAAGUUAGUAACCAGCGUCCUGGCACCUGAGGGCCCUUCUCGCCCUCCUCUUCCUGCCCACAGCUCUGGGGGCAGUGAUGGCCUGUCCCGUUUCUCCCCUCGCCUGGAGUGCGCCCCGAGAAGAGGACCCACAGGGAGGGCUCCUCUGGGCUCAGCCUGGACCCCUGCCCCCUGUAACGUGCCCUGGGUGGCUCUGUUGACCAGGGCUGGAGAGGGGAAACGUAGACAUUGACUGUCAGGUCCCCAGAGCUCCUGAUCUUUCCCGAGAGAUCGUAACUGAAAGCUACUGUCUCUUGUUUUAUUAAUUUGGGGUUGGGGGGAGGUGCUGGCUCGCCCGCCAUGGGUGCGAAGCCGCGUACGUCUCUAAUUUAACGAAUUUACUGCGUUCUCUGCUAAUUGAGAGAGCAUUAUUUAUUUGUUUUGACACAAGCGCUUUCAGUGUUUUAUCCUGGCUAAUGGCUUCUUAAAGGUAAUAAAACCCUUCCAACCUAAUUGGUCAGAUAAGACUUUUUUUCUCGUGUGCUUAAAUAAAGCAAUUAGUGAAGCGCUUCUAUCUAAAAUGACUUUUUUUGUCCUUUUUUUAAAACUAAUUUACUGUUACUGGAAACUUUUUGUACAAUAAAGCAGUCGUGCAGAUUAAAGAACA